ACUAUCGAUAGCCAACAAUAAUGAAAUAUCGAAUUUCUCCAGUGAGAGAAUCACGUGAAACAGGACCGAAAUGUUUCAAUCCGAAGUGAUUCUUUCGGAUAUCUACAAAGAUGAUGCAAUUUCAACAGUCAAGGUCUUGGUUUUACAGCUAUCGGACAAGGCUAAGAUGACCAAUAUAAUGAAAUUUUUAACGACAAAACUACCGAUGACACAAAUAUCCAUGAAUCAUUUGAAACGAAUAAAUUCUAAACAUGACAAUUUCCAGAUAUUGAUUUCUCCGAUAAAAGAUUCGUCCUGUAAUAAAAACGUUGAUAUCAUACAAAAAACGAUCAACGAAAUGAAAGAGGAUUUACGUGAAUUUUUACUUGGAUUCGAUUCUGAUAAUCUCUGUUUACGAGAAGUAGCAGCAUCAAGCCCUUUAACUCGUAAUCAAUUCGAACGAUUAUCACCAUUGUGGCCUGUUAAUUUUUUUGAGAAUAAAUAUAUAGCUAAAUGCCUUGAUGGAAGCAUAUUUUCACCCGAUCAUUGGAAACGAAUUCAUGAAUUAAUGAUUGAAACGUUAAAUAUGUUGAAUAAUGAUUCACCAUCGUGUAUGUCGUCCAUAAUCGUCAAGGAUAAUGGCAAACGAAUUGUAACUAAAACCAUUUCAAGGACCAAUCAACAUCCAUUACAUCAUGCAGUGAUUGUUGCCAUAUCAAAUGUUGCCGAAAUACAUAAACAAGCUAAAGAACAAUUAUUAAAGGAUCCAGAUUCAUUUCAAGGUGAUAAUCAUUAUUAUAAGGAUGAUUAUCUUUGUACCAACUAUGAUUGUUUUCUUAGCCAAGAACCAUGUAUAAUGUGUGCAAUGGCAUUGGUUCAUUCAAGAAUUCGUCGUGUAUUUUUCUUCGAAUCAACAACAAUAUCGACAAUUACUAAUGAAUGUUAUGAUCAGCCAUAUACUGUACAAAAAUUGCAUAUAAAUUCAAAUCUAAAUCAUCGUUAUGAAGUAUGGAAACUUUCCAAACAGGAAAAUUAUGCAAAUAAAAAACAGCGGACAUCAUGAUCAUCAUUAUUAUUAGUUUUUUUUUUUGGUUUCAAUAAUUUUAUUAUUUAAUUGAGAUCACAUGAUAAAUUGACAUUGAUGGGUGUA